AAAUAAAAACCCUAACUUUCCAUUCUCUCUUUCCCCAAACCUCAAACAAACAUCCCCUUCUCCUUCUCCUUCUCCUUCUCCUUCUUCUUCUUCCUCAGUGACAUGGCUCUUCUAUUCCUCCCUCUUCUUCUCUUCCCUAUAUUCACCACCAUUACCAUCUCAGAUGGUGCAUGGUGUGUUUGCAAGCCAGAGUUGAGUGACACUAUGCUUCAGAAGACAAUUGACUAUGCUUGUGGAGCUGGUGCAGAUUGCAACCCCAUCAUAAAAAAUGGACCUUGUUUCAACCCUGACACUGUGAAAUCUCACUGUAAUUAUGCUGCUAAUAGUUAUUACCAGAGGAAAGGCCAAGCUCAAGGCUCUUGUGACUUCUCUGGCACUGCCAUUCUCACCUCUUCUGACCCUAGUGUUAAUGGUUGUUCCUAUCCUUCAUCUGCAAGUACUGCAAGCUCAACAACUACAACCACUAGCCCUGGUUCUUCAACAACAACAACAACAACACCAGGUUCUUUAACUCCAAGCACAACAGGAACUGGAGGAGUAAUGGGAAGUCUUGGUCCAUCUACUGCUUCACCAGAUUUUAGUGAAGUUGGUUAUGUUCUUCAAGCUAAGAUUAGUUCUGUUUUAUUUUACUUGAUCAUCUUCUCAUGUCUCUUGUAUUUUAGGGUUUGAUUAGAAAAAUAAAAGAGAUGUGUUUGUAAUGGAGGGUAGGUUCUAAGAAUGUUAUGAAACAAAAAAAAACACUAGUGUUUGUUGGAUCUGGUUAUCACAGGGCAUUGUUUUCAUUUGCCACUAGGGUUUGUUUCCUUGUUUUCUAGUGGUACCAAGGAAAGAGGUUUUGAUUCCAUUUGGGUGGUGGUGGUGGGAUCAUCAAUGUUUGGUGUUUGGACUCAUGUUCUUUUCUAGGACUUUGAUUUUUAUUUUUAUUAUUUUUAUUAUUUUUUUGGUUUUAAAUUAAGGUUAGUGCAUUAUGGGUUUACAUAUGUUUGUGGCCCACUUA